GGGGAGAUGCGGGCUGGAGCCGCACCAGAGCCGCUGCUAGGCGCAGCGCAGCAGCAGCGAAGAUGGAAGGAGCCUCCUUCGGAGCCGGCCGGGCAGGGGCGGCCAUCGACCCCCUGGAUUUCCUCAAGCAGCCGCAGACCCUGCUGCGGAUCGGGUCCUGGCUCUUCUCCAUCGUGGUGUUCGGCUCCAUCGUGAACGAGGGCUACGUCAACAGGGACAGCACCACCCCCGAGCUGCACUGCAUCUACAACGAGAACGAGGAGGCCUGCAGCUACGGCAUCUCCAUCGGCAUCAUCUCCUUCUUCACCUGCGUCUUCUUCCUCAUCGUGGACCUCCACUUCCAGCAGAUCAGCAGCGUGAAGGACCGGAAACGGGCCGUCCUGCUGGACCUCGGCAUAUCAGGGAUCCUGUCGUUCCUGUGGUUUGUCGCCUUCUGCUUCCUAGCAAACCAGUGGCAGCGGACGCCGUCGAGCAAGGGAGUGUGGCAAGGAGCCGAUGCCGCCCGGGCAGCCAUCGCCUUCUCCUUCUUCUCCAUCCUCACCUGGGUCAGCCUCACGGUGAAGGCCCUGCAGAGAUACCGCCUGGGAACUGACAUGUCUCUUUUUGCCACGGAUCAGUUUGCGGCUGACCCCGACGCAGGCUACCCGGGCUACCCCACUGGCACUGGGAUCGAGAGCACGGAAACCUACCAGAGCCCCCCGUUUACCGAGACCCUCGACGCCAACCCGAAGGGCUACCAAGUGCCAGCAUACUGAAGGACGGCGGGCUCAGCCAGGUCAUGUAAAAAUAGACCACAUCUUAUGGUGCAGUACAGUUAACUGGUUGAUUGCAAAUGUAUUAAGUACCAUUUCCUUCAUGUGGCAAGUCAGUGCUGGGUUACUUACUAUUAGCUAGUUGUGCAGUGAAUUCUGUACAGUGGUAUUGGUUCUUGUCUUACCUGUCUAAGGGUUUUUUAUAAAAGCAGUGUUCCCUCUAAGUCCAAAUAGAAGGAAGGUUGCUACCACACCAAACAUGCGAGGCAAAAGGUGAUACAUUCUCUAAUGCUGUGGCUUGUAACGCCAGGCAUCCUAGCAUUGCAUUUCGCCAAGCGCCCGGAGAAGCAGACAGUAGUCCUCCUGCUAGAAAACACAAUAGCUGAUGAGUUGAUAUUUAUCUCGUUCUUCCAGAGCUAACGCAGAAUCGUUCUCGCUUUGAUGAACCCGGGACUGCCCGCGCAGCUCCCAUUCACUCUAGCGGACACUAGCCUUGUACUGUUCCUACAGCCGGAAGCUGCUAUGGACCGAUCUUAUACAGCGUAGAAAGUCCAGCCUAUGGGAAGUGCCAAAUUUGAAAAGAAAUCCUAGCCGUGCUGUUUCCAUUUGUAUAUAUUUACUGUACAAAAACCUGACCGGAUGUGGCAAACUUUAGCUUAGGAUUCGUGCAUCACAGUAGGGGUUUUUCGGUUUGUUUUGGGCUUUUAUGUUGAGUAACCAAAUCACGUCUGUGCUUUAGCUUCCUAUCUGUUUAGGAUCUAAGAAGUUUUUGUUCUAAACCUGUUCAGCAAUAGCUUGGCUGCUAAUUUGAGAGGUCACUUGUAGACAAAGCGGCAUGUUACAGUUCAACCCCCCCUGGGGCAAGUUCAUCAAACUGAAGAGUUUGCACGCGUACAGCGAGUUCCUCCCAACGCUGCGUUCGCUCAGUCAUUCAGAGUUGCCCACACAAGAGGUCUGGGCUUGUUAACACCCCCCCGACUCCAGUGUAAGUCUGAUUAAUGAGACAUCACAAGCCAACCUGGCUCUUUAUAUGGGAAACUGCCACUAGACAUCAGAAACAGGGAGCAAAUAAAUUCAGGCGCAGAUACAUCUUGACACUGCAGCCACUGGAAAUACAUCAGCCAUUCAGACGUUUAGAGCAGGACUGAAAAGGCCCCGUGCUGCUGACACCACUGAAGAGUGAGGAUGGCCCGUAUUUUCGGUUACCGUGAGAGAAGGGAUGGAGUUAACCUAAAACGGAAAGGAAAAAAUGAUUGAUAUUUGGGUCUCCGCUGCAAAAUUACUGGCUUGUUCAAUUCAGUGAUGGGGCCAGUCCCCACCCCACCUUCCCAGCUGUGCAGGGGCAGUGACUUUGCAGAGAGUUUCCUGAGGAGGGACUGGAAGAGCCGACACAUCCAGAUGGGCUCAAGCUUGCAUUUCUUGCUGUCAUGAUAGAAAACUUUCUCCCUAGUUAAAAUCGUCCAUUGCUAACCUGGAACAGCUCUAAUCACAUGGCUUUUAAUGUAGCCAGUUUAAGACUCUUUAUUUCUUGUUGAGUCACAGAGAAGUGGGGCUGGAAGGGACCUCCAGAAGUCCCCUACUUGAGGCAGGAUCAGCCCUGUCCAAACCCUCCCUUGCACGCAGUGUUGGCACAGCUUACACGGGUUAGUGCCGUAGUUGAAACUCCCGAUGCUAUCAGACCCCAUGACAAGCAGAGUUAAAGUGACUUCCCUCACUUCCUUUGUAGCAACCCCUCCCUCCCUCCUCUUGUCCUCGGUAACGUGGCUAUUGAAACUGCAAAUACACGUGUGAACUAACAGCGACGCCUUGUCAAAAACCUUCCCCAUCAACAACAAAAACGGAGCUACUUUGAAUUCGUGCCAUUCGGAACGGAUUAAAAUACGCCCGCACAGCAAGCGCGGCAUUUACUGCACCUGAAAGACUCAGACUUACUUGCCAGUGAUGAGAAUAGCAAAAAAACAAUGUUUCAUGUAACGUCUGUCAGCCUGAAAAAGGUCUCCGGUUUUAGGUUCAGUUGUUCUCGUCUCCGCUUGGCGAUAACGUUGCAUCCAUGUGGGAGUCCCCCGCGCCCGAGGAAGUCGUGGCAACUCUUCAGGAACUCAGUCCCACUGCCAAGGGGUUCCUGUCCCGAGCCCAGGAGUCAAGAGCAUGAGCCCGGGUAUACUGCAGUGCUUCGAGCUAGGCGUCUCGCAGCGACCUGGUGCAGCGUAGGUCAAGGGGAAAGCACUGGAGAGAUCCCUCCCAUUACGUAGACCAGGGGCGUCUGACUCCCAGUACAACACAUGCCGAAACCCGUUACAUGACCGUUGCGAUUUUCUACCAAGUCAGUCUUGCC